GUGUAUGUCUUGUUGAUGGACAAGUUAAAGUCAACAAUAGAUCUUACUUAUGAGUUCAUAUCACAAAGAAAGUAAUGGUCACCUUCGUCUUCCAAAGAUAACAGCUUGUACGCGUGACUGACCUUGACACAACCCACUAUUUUUCGCUUGGUUAAACUAUAUCACGAAACUUUUCAGAAUCUCUGAUACUACUAAUAAGUAGGUUGUUUUUAUAAACUGUAUUUUUUCUGGUCUGUUAAGCACUUCAAAGCCGGAAGUGCACAGCAGGUAUAGAAACGAAUAUAACUAGCUAUAUUACUUCACGAUGUACGACGACGUGAUUUUCGAAGAAAUGAAAAAUCCUACUUAAUUAAUUAUGAGUAGAAAUACAUUUAUUGGUAAAUUUUACUGUCAUCAUCGUUCACACAAACGUACCUGUUUAUUUCUACAUGAUAGUGAUUGGAUGGUAAACUAUCUAUCAAAAUAACUAAAAACUACACCUCAUAAUGUAUAAGUUCAUACUCUGACCCACAGCAUUAUGGAGAUUACUAAAUCUGAGAAACAGUAUAGAUAAAUACUGCUUUCUGUGAUAUAAACUCUAUCAUAUAUGAUAGAAGAAAGAUUCAGAGAUGUUCAAAUACCCAGAACAAUUUUCAGCAUUACAUUUUGCACAUAAUUAUGAUUCUUUUUUAUGUAAAAUACUGAACUAUCAUAUGAGAAUAACACUUUUCUUUUAUUACUUGUUCUGUUAUUUCAGAUUUCCAUCUUACAUUAAAUGUAAACAUCACUCGAUAAUAAUCUUUACAAAUCAAGACAGAAAUGCGUUCAGUAUUUACAAGAAAAUCAAAAAUGAAAUUGAAUUCAAAAUCAAAAUUGAAAUGAAUAUAAAAGAGAAUGAGUUAUCGGAAGAACAAACUGAAAACCUACAAAAUAAAUUUACUCUCAAAGGUAAAAAUGGAAAAAUGAAUACAAAUGGUAAGAAGAAGUCACGUGCAGGCGGGAUAACAUCAUCAUCUUCAGAAGUAUAUAUACGUCGUGGAUUAGGUGUAUCAGUCACCUUUGAAUCUACUCUACCGACACAGAUAUGGCAAGCAUCACCAAGUCCUUCACCACCGUUAAGUGAAAAAAUUAGUACUGCUACUAAUACUGAUAAUUCAAAUGUUCUGCACAAAAGUUCUACUCCUAGUUCGUCGCAUCAUCAAUGGAAUUCUGAAAUAUCUAGUGAAAGAAUUCGAGUAAGUGGUCGCAAUCGCCGUGGAAGUUUGAAUGAUAUCGAUGAGUUAGACGAUAGUAGCGAUGAAACAAAUCCAUCUGGUUUCAGUUAUCCUUCACUAAGUAGCUGUACAAGUAGUGAUGAAACAACGACUAGUCAAGAAAGAUUGAAUCAUCCCCCGAACAGUAGUACAACAGACAGUAGCUCUAGCCUAGAUAUACAUGUAAUAAAGAAUAACGAAUCACAUAAAACACGGAAAAAUGGAGCAAAACACCAUAAAAGUAAAAAGGAUAAGGAAAGUGAACGAUAUACGAAUCGUAGGGUGGCCAGUGAAAAACGUCGUCAGUAUACAGUACAAGGCUUGAGCAGCAGUAGUAGUACAAGCAGUGAAGAAGAUUUAGAAGCUUACGGAUGGGAUGAAAAGACUAUUUCUGCUCUGACUAGCAGAAGUAAACUAAAUAAACAAUGUCAGAUAACUACUUCAAGUGGAAAAUACGAAGCAAGUCCUCGGAGUUUUAAUGAAUGUCCUACAAGUCCAAAACGAAUAUCAUCUAGUCAAAGAAUGGAUUUACAUUGGAAACCAGAUAUAGGAUUGUCAAAAUUAAAACUUUCUUCCCCUGUAAGGAUUUGUAAUCAAUUCCAUGUAGAUACACCUGUUAUCUAUCCCCAAUCGUGCAUAUUAUCCCGAAGAAUAAACCAUAUAAUCUCAUCUCAAUUUCCUAAUACAACACAUUUAAAACUCAAUCCCCUAACACUACCAGUUAACAGUUAUACACACAAUUCUUCUCUUAUAAAUAGUGAAUUACUGGCAGUUGUGAAUAUUGAUUUUCGUCCAUCAGCUGAGUGGAAAGAAAGAUAUAAAUUGCUAAGUGUUCGUCAGGGCGAGUAUGUUUGUGUUUUAAACCAUAGCCUACCAAGUCCAACAAACAACAAUUCUAUGGAUGGGAAGACAAAAGCAGCAGAGACUCAACAAACAAUAAUGUUCCCUGUAACAGAGAAUAACUUUUGGCUAUAUGUACGUAGAUGGUGUGUAGACCAUCUAGUAGCAACAGGAACACCAGGAUACAUUCCUCGUCAAACUUGUAGAGUUUUAUCGAACCGUGAGAUCACCAGUUUGAGGUGUACAAAUCAGAAGACCACAUCAUCCUGGGAUAAAACGUCAAAUGCUCAUUUCAUGUCAGUAGAUGAUUCUCAAAUUAAUAACAGCCCUAUUUCAACAAAUGUAGUCUUGCAUACACAUAACGAAUUCAGGUCAUCACAACCAACGACAAGUAAUGAAUUAGCAAACAGAAGUCCACAUACCAAUCCAACGUGUUCCACUCAAGUUAAUGUGAUGUUUAAUACUAAGAUAGAUAGACGAAACGGUGUUUAUUCAUUGCAAAACUUCACGCCGGAUACAUCACAUAAUUUCUUACCACCCCCACCUCCAGGUUUUGGUUCUGGUGUAUCAAUAGGUUCGGAAACAGAAGAUAAAGACUCUGGAAGGGGUCCCAGUUCAGGUUCAGAAUGGGGUAGUGGUCGGGGAGGAAGUUCAAACAUCACGUUAGACAGAUCUGUGGUCGAGCAUACAUCGAGUGAAAUGGGGUUGGAUUAUCAAGGCUCUCAGUCAAACAGACGAUCAAGAAACGUUAAAAGUGCAGAAGAGUCUCAGCUUGGAUGGUAUGCACCCACAGGGUUAAUGUGGUCUGAACAACAUUUCCACAAAGGUGAAGAGUCAUUAUCACGUGACUCGGCAUUUCAAAGUCCUAACACAGACAACCUAACACCAUCAGUACAUAUAAAAGAUGUAAACAAAACUACAUUGAAUCAAAAUCCUCAAACACAGCAAACAUAUCCGCCUUCCGCUAUAACACUGACUACUAUUACUGGAAACACUCCAGUUUUGGAGAUGAGACACAAUGGCACCCCAACCUUAUGUGCUCGAGGAAUGCCUUCAGCAUCAACAACAAAUGGAACUGAUAGUUUAGCCACAAGUACGACCACUUGUGCUACAGUGGUUGACAUGAGAGAAGUACAAGAUGAAAAUCUAAAUAACUCUAAGGUUGGCUCAUCUACAAAAUAUCGGGUACCCACACCAGAUCCUUCAUGUUGGGAACCGUAUAAAACAGUAAUUCAUGUAAAUGAAACCAGUCUUGAGAAAUUUACUUUAGUGUAAAUAAACAAAGCGGAAUUUAAAAUUUACCAUUAAAAAACAAUUCUCCAGAGAACAAUUGCCCUGCUUAAUACUUUCUAAAUAAAUUUUUAGAGUGGGAUUUUUUCGCUUUUAUUCCUCACUGAUUGAUGUUGAAGAAAAACGAUAUAAUAACAAAUGCAAACAACAGAUCAGAAGUUACCCUUUUGUUUAUUAACUAAUAAUUCCCAUUUUUUGUCACUGUAACAGAAACUUGAAAUCUCCUACGGGUUAUAUGUAAAUAAACUUUAUUUCUUUUUUUGUUUC